AUGCGCGUGUGGCUGGCACGAACCAAGGGACGCUGUUUCCAUUCCUGCACCGCUGCUGGGCAGGUCUCGGCCAUUGCAGCAGAAGUGCAGCAGUUGCGCGGGCGGCUUGAUGCUCGCAUCCUCGGCCACACGGAUGCAAAGGAAGCUCUCGUUCUUGCACUGCUGGCCCGCGAGCACGUGUUGAUGGUCGGUCCGCCAGGAGUUGCAAAGUCGCUGCUGGCGGAGGAGUUGGCGCACGCCACGGGCGACAGCCCAUGCGUGUUGCAGCUGCACCGAGAUACGCGG